AUGGGAAGCGUCGAUUGCGCCGUCAAACGCGGGCUUGUGGACUCGCCUGCAGUGGUUGAAGUGAAGGGGAUUACAACGAGGGUAGGGCUGCCUGGUCCCACGUCAGUAGGACAGGCGGAUGACACAGCAGCGGAGCGAGGUGCGGUUGGUGACGGCAGCACUGUAGAGAAGGACGGACCGGCUGAGAUGACGGACGUUACUAACGGUCGAGACGCCCUCGUUGCUGCAGUGACAAGGAAGGGCGGUGAGAAUGAGCUGGAGGUGAAAGCAGCAGAGGGGACGAAAGAAGCGGAGGGGAGGAGAGAAGCGGACGACUCGAAAGAAGCAGAGAAGGACGAAAACGAAAUGGAAGAGGACGAGGAGGAAGACGAUGAAGAGGCAGAGCGGGAGGAGGAGGACGAGGAGGAAGAAGAACAGAAAGACGAGGCGAAAGAGGCAACUCGGUCGCCGGAAUUGGAAGAAAUAGCGGGGCAUGUCGACGGUGAGUCCUCUCCAGCAGCCGUCGCACUUGCCGAUUCCGUCGCUCCAGCGGGACCAGUGCACGCGGGCGCAGCAGCAGGCGGAGGAACCGGGGAAGCGCCAGGCGCGGGGGCAGGGGCCUCGGGAAGCGGGGCGGGGGAGAAGCCUCCCCCUGCCGCGAAGGCUUCCCCCUUUCUUCCGCCGCCGGCCAGCGCAGCGCGGCUUGGCGCGCCUCUCUCCGCCAGCACAGAGGCCAUUGACGCGCAGCUUGCGCGCCCGUGCGCGCUAACCCAGGCGGAGCUGCUCAGUUCCCUUUGCCAGAAAUGGAACGCACAGCACGUCCUCCCCCCCGCCGACCCCCCUUCCAAGCCAAGCGCCCAGGGCACCUGCCGCCGCCGCCGCUGCAGGCAUAGGCCGUGGGGAGCGCGCAAGCUUCCGCGGGUCGCUCCGCCCGACGUCGGCAGCAGCAGCAGCGCGGUCGGGCGCGCGCAUAAGCUCGCGGGCGCGAGCGCAGCAGCAGCAGCAAAGGUCGGAGGUGCGGCGAAUGCUGCCGGCGGUGGUGUUUCAGUCACUAGUGCAGGAUCGUGCGCCGAUCCCACAGGGGCUGCUGGCUUGGGGAAGAAGGGACAGGCGGCUAAGGAGGAGGAUGAGGUGAUGCGGUUGGUGGGUGGGGAGGAAGGGGGAGCGGAUGGGGGGGAACCAGGGGGAACGGUGGCGGAAGGAGGGGAUGGUGGUGUGGUUGAAUUGGGGAACGGGACGGGUAAAACUGAGGAGGGAAAGGGUGUGGGGAAGGGGGAAGGGGAGCGGGAAGGAGAGGGGGAAGGGGGCGGAGAUGGGCGUGGGGGGGAGGGGAAGCAGUGGGACGUGCGGAGGAGGGAGCGGAGGCGGAAGAAGCUGUUGCAAUUCGUGGAGAACACAAGGCCUGCGUAUUACGGCACCUAUUCCCUCGCCAGUGGUGUGGUGCGGGCGCGUGCCCCGUUGCGCAAGGACCCUGUUCUCAACUACGACGUGGACAGCGAGGCCGAGUGGGAGGAGGAGGACCCGGCAGGCGAAAGCCUGUCGGAUUCUGAAGGAGAAGACGAUCUGGAUAAGAUAGACCCGGAGGAGGGUGGCGAUGGGGAGGACGAGGAGGAGGAGGAUGGGUUUGUGGUCCCAGAUGGGGCAGGGGGGGCGACAGGCGCAGGGGGGCCAGAGAAGGGGGAGAAGGGGGAGAAGGGGGAGAGGGUGGAGAGAGGGGAGAGAGGUGGGGAGGAGGGGCGGCCGGCGGAUUGGCAGGUGCAGGUGCUGCAGAAGGCAUAUGCGGUCCUGCCUAAGUGGGGUGGCAAGCGCAAGCGAGAGGCAGGGCCUGGCGCAAUCCGCAGCAGCAGCACCAUGCCUGUAGUGGACACAGGGGCCUUGGAACCCACAAAAGACACAGGAACCGCAGAUGGUGUAGGGAAUGUAAGGAAUGCAGCGAGUGCAGGGAACGGAGGGAACGGAGGGAGGGCAGAUAAAACAGGAGAGACAGGAGACGCAGGAGACACGGGAGGGACUGGAACGGCUGGGAGCAUAGGAGGAGAGGGGAACAUAGCGCAGGAUUUGAACAAGGGCAAGGGAGAGAUGGAUGGAGGGUGUGUUGGAAACAAGACACAGCAUGGCAUGGAGGAGCAUGGCAAGACAGCGGAUGGCAAGGAGAUUGACAAGGAGAGUGACAAGACAGAGGGUGUUCAGGAGAGGAGCAAGAUGGUGCAUAUGAAGGAGAGUAGCAGUAGAGAGGAGGGUGCUGACAGGAGCAGCAGUGAAGGUGUGAAAGUCGAGAGUGCCGCUACGGGGGAGCAUCAAGUGCUGCACAGGAGGAAGAGGCGGGCGGUUGGGUGGGGCACCAGCACCCAGAUCCUACUCCCUGUGCCUCCCCGACGUCCCUCUGCACCGCACCCAACCUGUCCUCACUCUGGCGUGUGUGCUGGCAAUGGCUUCAAGAGGCCUGUAGCUGCUGCCGGUGGUGGUGCCUGUGCGUCUGCUGGGAUAGCAGGGCACGCGCAAACAACCCCUGGGGCAUCAGCAGUGCCAGGGGCUCUGGGGAAGGGUGAAUCGACCACUCCUCUGAAACCUCCUGCUGCUUCUGGUGAGCGCUGCUGCUGCUUUCUCUUUUCCCCUCCCUCCCCCGCCAACCACACCCCCCUUACCCCCUCAACACACACACACCCUUUCCUGGUCUUGCUUUCCUCAACCCCCAUGUUUCUCCCUCGCUCCCUCUCUCCUGAGCGCUCCCCUUCCUGA